AUGGUCAAAAAAUUCAAAAAAUCUGCCGCAAAACAGCGUAAGGUGAUCUUAGUAAAUGCAUCAAGUGACACUGAUGAAAAAAUGGUUACUGAAGAAGCGGAAGAAGGUGGAAGUACCAAUGAAGAGCGACCAAUUCUGCACAUUGAUCAGAGCGAGCAUUCAGAUUCGGAUGACAGUGACGAUGGUCUGAACGAUUCUGACAGAGAGGUUUGA